AGCUCCAUACUCUCUCUCUCUCUCUGUUUAUUCGGUAAUCAUCAUCAUCUUCACAAAGAAGCCAACAAUAUCAGCACGGAAAAAGAAACUCAAAUCGGAAACGUUCCUUCUUUUUAUGCCUGUGUUUCGGUUCUCUUUAAUUUCUCUCCUACCCCUUUUUCAUGGCGGAUCUGUACGGAGCACCUGCGUCUUCAAAUCCGGAACCCGAAGAAAUCUCCACCUUCCUUAACCAACUCCUUCACAAUUCCUCUGCUUCAUCAUCUUCGUCUUCUUCGUGCAUGCAAUUCAAGACUAAGUCUAUUCACACUUUUCCGUCUCAUGCGCCCGAAUUCUCAACGCCCGCUGCUAAUUCCCGGGCCGGAAUGGCAAUUCCGGUUGAGGAUCAGUACCGACUCGGCGGAUCGGCUGUUCGGGCCGAGUCGGAGCCUCGAGUCAAUUUCUCUGAUCCUGAAACUUAUUUUGGAGCCAAUGUUAAAGAUAGCGCAGACAUUGCGUUGUCUUCUGCAGGCGAAUUCAGUUAUGACAGCGAGAAGGUUCAAGAGCCAUCGAAGGCGCCGUCAAAUCAAGAACGACCUCGGAGUUCAUCGAAGCGAAGCAGAGCAGCCGAAGUCCAUAAUUUGUCGGAAAAGAGGAGGAGGAGUAGGAUUAAUGAGAAAAUGAAAGCGUUACAGAAUCUAAUCCCAAACUCUAACAAGACGGAUAAGGCGUCGAUGCUUGACGAGGCGAUCGAGUACUUGAAGCAGCUGCAGCUUCAAGUACAGAUGUUAUCGAUGAGAAAUGGAUUCAGAUUGUACCCAAUGUGCUUACCAGGAGUACUACAGCCAACGCAACUGCCUCCCACCGGCAUGGGGUAUGAUGAGGGAAAUAGAUUCUUCAGUCCCAACACAGGAGCAGGCACAUUUUCUUCAAAUGAAGAAAGCUUGAUGAACACGCCUUUUAAUCUUUCCAACCCAUGCACCAUCUCAAAUCAGCCAAUUGUUGCACCUUCUGUAGCUAACAUAUCUAAUUUGGAAGCUUCAUUUGGUUUUAAAUCAUCUGCUGAGGCGCACUGUGGAUCUUUCAGCCACUCAACAUCUUCCAAGGAAAUCUGCAAGGAAGGCAGGUCACAACUGCAAUUAGAGGUGAAUCAUGCUGGGAAUAACUCUUCAUCAGGCGUGUCUUAGCCAAGCAGAAAUCCUCAAGAAACAGGAUGUAUAAAACUGAGGCCAUCACGUCUAACUCUUCCUCUAGUUCAAAAACCAUAUAGAGCGCAAAUGAUGUUGAAAAUGAUUGAAACUGAUGACCGUUUUAUACCUGUUCAGUUAUUUAUGUUCUAAGUUGUAACAGGUUGACACUAUGGUCUAUGGGACUGAUGCUGCUGGCAUCCUUCUCAUAUAUAGAAAAAAACCCCCGAUGCUCAGUUCCAACCGUGCUUAUCGCACCUCCCCUGCAUAAAGUGAAAAUUAUCAUUUAUCAAUACAUGUUUUUCUGUGUGUUGUAUA